ACGGUGUCUACAACAAUCAUCAGCCAUGAUGAAAUGAACAAUCAUUUCAGCCACCUUCCACUCGUUCAUAUAAACAUAACCCAUAUCAAUGGUACUUUGUAUGGAGAUGGAGGUUGUGGAGUUGAAGGUGCGCAUUCACUGCAAAGCCUGCCAGAAAGCCUUGCGUAAAUCCUUGUGCAAGAUCAAAGGCGUAAAAUGCGUGGAGAUAGAUGCAGCCGCACAAAAGAUCACAGUGCUAGGCUAUGUUGAGCACAAAGCCAUUGUCAAGGCCAUCCACAGGACGGGGAGAAGGGCAGAGCCAUGGCCCUCAUCUUUGUCCUCAGCUGCUGUUACUCCCAGACUCAAUAAAGGCUUUAGGUGCAUCCUUCCUUUCUAAAGGCAUCAAAUAAGCUAUUCUGCUUUCUUUUCGAUUUGUAAGGUUGAAUGCAAGGAAAGAAAGAUGAAAGAGGGAUUUCCAUGGACUCGGUACUUGUCUUUUAUAACUAAUUUGGAAAAUAAAUCAAAUGCCAUACC